AAUUUAUGCGGAACUCAUGUGUGGAUGCUGGGUUGAUCCCUCCACUGGUGCAGCUCUUAAACUGCAAAGACCAGGAAGUGUUGCUUCAGACAGGUCGUGCCCUCGGCAAUAUAUGCUAUGAUAGCCAUACCCUGCAAUCUCAGCUUAUCAAUAUGGGCGUUAUCCCUACGUUAGUGAAAUUGUUGGGCAUUCAUUGCCAAAAUGCAGCUCUGACUGAAAUGUGCCUUGUUGCAUUUGGCAAUUUAGCAGAACUUGAAUCAAGCAAAGAGCAGUUUGCCUACACAAACAUUGCCGAAGAGAUUGUAAAACUAUUCAAGAAACAAAUAGAACAUGACAAAAAAGAGAUGAUUUUUGAAGUUUUGGCUCCUCUGGCAGAAAAUGAUAUCAUUAAACUGCAGCUGGUUGAAGCGGGCCUGGUCGAGUGUCUACUUGAGAUUGUCCAGAAGACUGUAGACAGUGACAAAGAGGAUGACAUAGCUGAACUUAAAACAGCCUCUGAUCUUAUGGUUUUACUACUACUCGGAGAUGAAUCCAUGCAAAAGUUAUUUGAAGGAGGAAAAGGCAGCGUCUUCCAAAGGGUGCUUUCAUGGAUUCCUUCCAAUAACCAUCAGUUACAGCUUGCAGGAGCACUGGCUAUUGCAAAUUUUGCAAGAAAUGAUGGAAACUGCAUCCAUAUGGUGGAUAAUGGGAUAGUUCAAAAGCUGAUGGAUCUACUAGAUAGACAUGUGGAAGAUGGAAAUGUAACGGUGCAGCAUGCAGCACUGAGUGCACUCAGAAACUUGGCUAUUCCUGUUGUAAAUAAGGCUAAGAUGCUAUCAGCUGGCGUUGCAGAAGCGGUACUGAAAUUUCUCAGAUCGGAGAUGCCCCCUGUUCAAUUCAAGCUGCUGGGAACGUUAAGAAUGUUAAUAGAUGCACAAGCAGAAGCUGCUGAACAGCUGGGAAAGAAUGUGAAAUUGGUUGAACGGUUGGUGGAAUGGUGUGAAGCCAAGGAUCAUGCAGGUGUGAUGGGGGAGUCAAACAGACUGCUUUCUGCACUUAUACGACAUAGCAAAUCAAAAGAUGUAAUUAGGACUAUUGUUCAGAGCGGUGGCAUCAAGCAUUUAGCUACCAUGGCAACUAGCGAACAUGUAAUAAUGCAAAACGAAGCUCUUGUUGCUCUGGCACUAAUAGCAGCAUUAGAAUUAGUCACUGCUGAGAAGGAUCUCGAAAAUGCUAAACUAGUCCAGAUUCUACACAGACUGCUCUCAGAUGAGAGGAGUGCUCCAGAAAUCAAAUACAACUCCAUGGUGUUGAUCUGUGCUCUCAUGGGAUCUGAACCCCUUCACAAGGAAGUGCAGAACCUGGCAUUUCUAGAAGUUGUAUCAAAACUCCGCAGCCAUGAGAACAAAACUGUUGCCCAGCAAGCCUCACUAACAGAGCAGAGACUCGCAGUAGAAAGCUGAGGAAGGUCUCCAGUUUCCAUACAGCAUCCCAUCAUGGAUUUCACCUUUGUCCUCUGUCCUGCUGCCGCUCCUGCUAUGUUUUCCACUGUAUCACUUGUGCAUGCAUGUAAUGUUCCCACACAAAUUGAUGAACUGCUGUAGGUACCUGUCCAAUAAGGUUUCUAAAAUCCAUAGGUGGUGUUAACAUAAAUCUGUCAGAAACAAGUCUGCACCCAUAAAUGUUCUACUUGUAUUCUUGUUGCUUGGGCCACACAGUAGAAUGUGCAUGUUGUAGUCCUAUGAUGAUGUAAAAGUGGUACUACAUGAUGACUCUUUCCUCACACCCCUAACUGCAUAAUAACGUACUGCUAAAUUAGGGACAAAACAGGAGGCAGCACGUCCAAGCUAGAGUAUUGAUUAUAGGAUUAAAUAGUAAAUCUAGCUCCAUUUUUGGUGCUUUGGAAACACAGGUAUGAAUGGAAUGUAUUGCUGCUCAUUCACUGGUCUUGCCUAGUAAUGUCAAACUCACGGUAC